AUGUCAUCAUUUGCAGGCACUACACAGAAAUGUGCAGUUUGUGAAAAGAAAGUGUACUGGAUGGAACAACUUAGUGCUGACCAUAGAGUGUACCAUAAAUCUUGCUUCAGAUGCCACCAUUGCAAGGGUAACCUCAAGCUGAGUAAUUAUUGUUCCUUUGAGGGUGAUGUUUAUUGUAAGCCUCAUUUUGAUCAACUCUUUAAGAUGACUGGUUAUUUGGACAAAAGCUUUGAAGGUAUUGCAAGAGUUUAUAGAGUUGAAAGAUUUGGUGAUCAGGUUCAAACCAAUAAUAAGGUUUCAAAAUAUUUUGCUGGAACUCAAGAAAAAUGUGUUGGUUGCUGCAAAACAGUGUACCCAAUUGAAAAGGUGACUGCUGAUGGGAAAUCAUACCAUAAGGGUUGCUUCAGGUGCACACAUGGAGGUUGUUUGAUUAGUCCAUCAAAUUAUGUGGCUCAUGAGAAUCUUUUUUACUGCAAACACCAUCAUACUCAACUAUUUAGAUAG